AGCUAACCUCAAAAGCGAAUUGUCAGAAGAAAAGAAAGUGCCAGCCGCCAUUAAGCAAGAAACAAGCUCGUACGUCCAGUAUCUAGGAUGGUGAACUGGGUAGAGGUGCUAAGGAAGCACUUCGUAGCCCGUCUGGCAACGAACGCUGGCCUCCGGCAGCAUGCCGUGGCCGUGGACGAGGAGGACGGCACCGUCAUCAACUUCUGGCUGCCCAACCACAACAAGGCAUCGCACAUGAAUCACUGUCAGCACCACCCCUUGGUGCUCGUUCAUGGCUUCGCCGGCGACGGCAUGAUGACAUGGGGGUUCCAGGUGGGCGCCCUUGCCAAGUGCGGCCACGACGUCUAUGUCCCCGACCUGGUCCACUUCGGUGGCUCCACGUCGCGGUCGCCAGACCGCUCCGUGGCGUUCCAGGCGCGAUGCCUCACGGCGGCGCUGCGGAAUCUCGGCGUGGCGGGGCCCUGCACUGUUGUCGGGUUCAGCUACGGCGGAUUCGUGGCUUUCGAGAUGGCCGCGGCGUGCCCAGGCCUCGUCCGCUCCGUUGUCGUCUCCGGCUGCACCGUCACCUACACGGACGCCAUGAAGGACGCCUUGCUGGGGAGGCACGCCGGCGCCCGGUCGAUCACGGAGCUCAUGCUGCCGGAGACGGUGGAACAGCUCAGGUUGCUGUUCUCCUCCGCCAUGCACAUGAAGAUGUGGUUUCCCCGUCGCCUUGUCAAGGACUUCCUCAAGGUGAUGUGUAACAACCGAAAGGAGAGAGCCGAGAUGCUGGACGAUAUGGUGAACAUGAGGGGCAAAGAGGCAUCGGCGCCUGUUUUUCAGCAGAAUAUACUCUUGUUGUGGGGCGAGAAUGACAACUUCUUCCCCGUAAGGAUGGGGAGAGUUUGAAAGAGGAGCUAGGCGAGAAAGCGACACUGCAAACAAUAAGCAAGGCGGGGCAUCUAGCCCAACUAGAGAGGCCGUGUGUCUACAACCGCUAUCUUAAAAAGUUUCUGGCAGCACACUCUCCUUUUGAGUUAGUCAAUACGUCAUCAUAAUUGUAUCCAGAUAUACGACGACUCGUAGACAUAACGGAAUUUAUAACAA